GUGUUGCCGUCGAUUGCCGUUGAUUCAUGCGUGCUGGGCCGUGUGCGUUGGACUCGCGGCUAAACGUUGUUGUGACCAGCAGCACUGCGUGAAACCUUUGCAGUGAGAUCGACGUCUGCAUCAUCCACGUCGGUCCUUUUGAGGAGCAGCCAGUCGGAAUUUGCAGUGGCUGCACACACCUCAUCUUUCGUGGUGCGCCGCGGGCGCGCAUUGGUCGAGACCGGCACUUGGCAUAUCCGAAGUUGAUCUGCGCAGUGUAGUGCGAAGAACUCAACAUUCACGCCUGUGCAAUGUUCAUAAAACCGUUCAAAAUCAAGUCCAACGUUCGCCUUAGAAACACCGACCGCAAGCGCCUUCGUUCCCAACUGGAGUCCCAGUACCCUCACCUGAGCGCGAGUCAACUGGACGAGCUAUGCCCCGUCGGGCGAGGUGGGGAGCUGUUCCAGCUGCGUCUGCUAUGCCAUGGGGGCGAGUCUGUGGUGGCGUACAGCCUGGACUCUGAGCCCCUGUUCUUCGAGUAUGGUGGGGGCCACCUAGUGCCCAGUCUGUACUCUUUGUGGCGCCUGCCAUCCCUGCUGCCUUACCUCUGCACAUGGAAGCCCGUGAUUGAACGGCUAGCGGGUGGUGCAGACCUCAUGGCACCGGGGCUGGCUGGCUGCAGCGAGCGUUUCUGUGAGGCCCGUCUGGGCGACGCAGUGGCGGUCCGAGUGGCAGGAGAGGGCCGGGCAGCCGUGGCCGUGGGGCGGCUCCUGCAGAGCCCCAAGGCCCUGGCGGCCGAGCAGCGAGCCGGCAAGGCCGUGGCCAUCGCGCACGUCCUGGGCGACCAGCUCUGGGCGCACGGCGGAAAGCGGCCACUGCCCCAGCUCGACGGCGACAGCGGUGGUGAAGAAGAGGACGAGGAGAACCAGCAGCCUGAGUCCCAAGAAACCGACAGCCAAGCCGUGGUAGCAGAAGAGAACACUUCAGCUGCAGGUGCAGAGAACUCUGCACCCUCCGAUGAGCCAGCAGCAACGGAGGCACAGCCAGAACAGUUGGAGGAUGCUAAAGAACAACAGCAGGUGGAAGAUACGGUGGACACAAUGGAUGCCCUGCUGGAGAGCUGUGUGCUGUCAGCGCUGCGAUCCAAGCUGCCACUGCCGCUGCUUGCAAGCAGCCUCUACAGUGGCCACGUCCUGCCACGCUGUCCACCGGGUCGGCAGAUCGACAUCCGCCGCACCUCCUACAAGAAGCUGUCCACCUACCUGGCGCAUUUGCAGUCGGAAGGUCUGCUGGCGCUGAAGGAGACCAGUCCGGGUGUCCAGAGCAUCGUGUCAGUUCGUAGGGAACACCCGCGGCUCCGCGGCUUCUCCCAGAUGGCACUGCCUCCGGCCGAACCGCCCAAGGAGGACGGCUACCGUUUUCCCACCAUCAGGGAGCUGCGCUCCAUCACGGCGGCCGUGCUGCCCCUGUUCCCACGUCGGCACAAAGGACACGCACUCGGACUGGACGAAGUGAAAGCCACCAUACGGAGCUACGUAAAGGAAAAUGAACUGCAAGAUCCAGAUGACAAAAGCCUGGUGCAGAUGGACCCUCGGCUGAGUGACGCAGCCGCCUGCUCAUCGGAAAAGCUCAGUUGGGAAGAACUCUUCAGCAGAGUGUUGUCGCGGAUGCAGCCUGCACACGAGGUGACGCCCGCGGGUGGUGGGCCACCCGUCGUCCACCGUGGUGCCCUGCCCUUCAUUUCGUUCACGGUGGCCCAGCGGACGGGCAACAAGAAGGUGACCCUCGUCGAGGGUCUCGAGACAUACGGCAUCGACGUUGCGCACCUGGCCCACGAGGUUCAAGUGGGCGUGGCGGCCAGCACAACCCUGACCACUCUGGCCAAUGGCAAGCAACAGCUUCUGGUCCAGGGCAACCAGGUUGUAUUUCUGGAGAAGCUGCUGACUGGUCCAUCGUACGGCGUGCCACGCAAGUACCUCAAAGGCUUGGAACAAGCGCCAGGAAAGAAAAAAGGAGGAGGCCCCCGAAAAUGAACUCGAGCACCCAUUUCUCUCACCGACAGAGACAGUGGCGCCACCUCUUUCUCAGCAGGCUGCCUUCUGGCCAAUCAUGGCUUCCCGUCUUUGGCCAGGCAUCUGCAGUUACUGGACUUGAGUGACAUGCUUAGCCAAAUGAUAAGAAAGGGAGCAAGAGUUAAAAGAUGCAUUUUCCGUGAAGGCCUGUUCCCGAAAUGCCAUGACCCUGACUCGUGCUGAACUUGGAAAAGUUGCUUUGCCAUCAUCAAGACCAGCAAAUGCGUCUGGGGUCUUCACGAAUGCCACGCAACUGACGAAAACUGUUGGAGCAAUCACUCCUCUUAAGCUAUAUUUACAGGAGCCUUAUUCUGAACCAAUAGCUCAUGAAAAAUAUUACUUUCAGUGUGUAUUGAUUGGCUCAGCCAACGAAUGUCAAUGUGACAAAAGGACACCUCUAUUCGGCAGCAUUACUUUCGUGUUGCAGAAUUGAUGGCUGCAUUAGCAAAUGCCCACCGCUCCGAAGAGCUGUUAUGCCUUGCAUUACGUCAGGCAUCAUACCAGAAGUGAAACUAUAUCUCCAAGAGUGAUUUUGAGAAUACAGCACUUGAAGCGAUAGCCAUGCAACAUUCACUCUGGAGUGUUUGACCACACACAGCAUUGGACUGUACUGAAUGGUACAGUGCAGAGGUGCAGCCAAGUGUCUCAUUUGGCUCAACAAAGCCACUUUAUUAGCAAAGUGUCUUGCUUAUUGUAAAGUUGAAAAGUGCUAAAGAUAAAAAAAAGUGUUGGUGCAGUCAUUGACUAUGCAAAUACGUGAAGCAAUUUGCUCGGGUCUCUAAUUAUUUAUUAAAAUACUAUGUGGUUUUUACAGGGCUGUACAAGAAUUAAGUCACAAAAACAUGUAGUGGAAUAUGGAUGUUAUGAACCGUGUCACAUGUGUCUGAAAAAUUAUAAAUUUAAAGAAAAGCAUCUAGAGCAAACACACCAGCUUUAGCGAAUGCUUUAAAAAAGGAUAAAGAAAAAACUCACAAGAGUAGCAGCAUAGCACA